AUGCUUGCACCCGCGAAAUAUCAGAAGUUCUUGAGCUAUAUCACAGGUUGGUUUGCGGUUCUUGGAUGGCAGACAACUUUUACCGCGUGCGCUUUUCUCGCCGGGACGAUGAUCCAAGGUGCGGCGAUUCUCAGUAGCAGUGCAUAUCAUGCGCUCUCCUGGCACGGAACACUCCUCACUUGGGCGUCGUUGGUGUGUGCCCUUGGCGCGAACCUUGUAGGUGGGAGCCUUCUACCGCGAAUUGAAACAAUUGUUCUGGUGAUGCAUGUCCUCGGUUUCCUCGGUAUCGUUAUCCCGUUGGCGUAUAUGUCAGAUCACAAGUCGAAGGAGGAGGUCUUUCUCGAAUUCCAUAACAAGUUUCCCACGCAAGGCCUGUCCUGGUUUAUUGGGAUGACCAGCUGUGCGUUUUCGUUUGCCGGCGGUGAUGCCGCUGUCCAUAUGGCAGAGGAAGUCGAGAAUCCAUCACGUGUGAUUCCUCGCGCGAUGAUGUUAAGUGUCGUCGUCAAUGGCUGUCUCGGCUUUGGCAUGUUGAUUGUGACACUCUUCUGUGAAGGCAAUCUGGAAGCCGCCAUUCAUUCCGCUACUGGGUAUCCUUUUAUGGAGAUUUUCUACCAAACAACUAAUUCGGUCCCCGGUGCACUUGCAAUGUGCUCGAUCGUGCUAAUCAUUCAAUGCAGCGCUAUUAUCGGCGUCCUAGCUGCAGCGUCUCGCCAACUCUGGUCAUUCGCUCGCGACAAAGGAGUUCCGGGAUGGCAGUGGCUGAAGCAGGUCUCUCACUAUAGGAGUUUACCUCUCUGGGCGAUCUAUCUUACUGUGCUUAUCAGUUCAAUGCUAGCAUUGAUUAACAUCGGCUCCUCGGUAGCAUUAGACGACAUCCUAUCUAUGGCUGUGUCUGGGUUGUACCUCUCCUAUCUGGUGGUUCUGGUGAUGCUGCUCUACCGGCGCCUGAAGGGAGAUAUAUCCGUGUGUGAUGACAGCAAGGACGGUAUAGUCAAUAUGCCGGGUGCGAAGCUCGUGUGGGGAUCGUUCUACUGCCCAGGAGUCUACGGAAUCUUGAUCAACAUAAUUGCCGUUCUCUAUACUAUGUUGGUUGUCUUUUUCAGCUUCUGGCCCUCGAAGAUGAGCCCAGAUGUGAGGGAGAUGAACUGGAGCGUGGUAGGCAUUGGCGGCACAAGCGUGCUGGCUAUCGUCUACUAUUUCAUACAUGCCAGGCAUAUCUAUACUGGUCCUGUGAUAGAGGUAUCGAUCAACUAA